GGCCCCAGUCCUCCACAAUCAUCAGACCAGCUCCCUCGCUCUCUCUCUUUCUCUCCCUCCCUCCCUCGCUCUCUCACGCCAUACCACAAGUGUCCGGCCUCAGAAUCGGAUCAAACCAAGCAACCUGGGGCGAGAGAAAGCUGGAUCCCUCCAUCGCACACGAGAGACGAGACACGGCCACAGCUUAGGCCUGCAUAAAAAGGCAAAAGAUCUCGCUCUCCCUCCCCGUGUGCUGUCCCGUAUUCGCGAGCAAGCUGUUUCUUUCUCCUCCUCCACGGCUCCACCUGGCUGUGGGUCGGGGGUGAUCUGCUUGGCCGGCGGUGAGUUCUCCCUGUUAUGGUCAGCCGGAUGGAGCGGCAGACCGCGUCAUCGUCGGCGUCCUGCUCCCCCUCCGCCGCCGCCUCCCCCUCGGCCUGCGGGGGCAAGAAGCGACCUGAUAUUCUCAACAUGAUCCGGAGUGCAGCCUGUCUUAAUUCAUCAUCUACUGAUACUGGCAAGGGAAGGAGUAAACUGUCAAGCAAUAAAGUCACACAUGGAUUCCACCUGGUGGAAGGCAAGUCUGGCCAUGACAUGGAAGACUACCAUGUAGCAGAGUACAAGUAUGAAAAGAACCAUGAGCUUGGUCUGUUUGCCAUUUUUGAUGGGCAUUUGGGAGAUAAGGUGCCAAGUUACCUGAAAACUAACCUUUUUAGCAACAUAAUAAAAGAGCCUCUCUUCUGGGCUAGCCCUGAAGAAGCAAUAAAAAACGCAUACCGCUCUACAAACAAAUAUAUUCUAGAAAAUACCAAACAACUUGGACCAGGUGGUUCAACAGCAGUUACCGCAAUUGUAGUUGAUGGUAAGGAUAUGUGGAUAGCAAACGUGGGUGACUCACGGGCUGUUGUUUGCGAGAGAGGUGCUGCUAAUCAGCUCACUGUUGACCAUGAGCCCCAUACAACUAAUGAAAGACAGAGGAUUGAAAAGCAGGGUGGCUUUGUGACAACAUUUCCUGGUGAUGUUCCUCGGGUAAAUGGCCAACUUGCUGUUGCUAGGGCAUUUGGUGACCAAAGCCUCAAGGCCCACUUGAGUUCAGAACCUGACAUUAGGCAUGUACCAAUAAACUCAAGUAUCGAGUUCGUCAUUCUUGCCAGCGAUGGAUUAUGGAAGGUAAUGAGGAAUCAGGAAGCCGUUGAUCUCGUGAAGUCAAUCAAGGACCCCCAGGCAGCAGCGAAGAGACUGACGACCGAAGCACUUGCAAGGAAGAGCAAGGACGAUAUCUCUUGCAUCGUCAUCCGUUUUCGCUGCUGAACCUGAAUCCCAUCUCCGCGCUGCAUUAGUCUCCGAUCUUUGCGUCAUGAUAUCGAUUGUGACAUUUGUCUGUGCUCAUCUCUGUCUGCCGAAUUCCUGUAGUGGCUGCUGUAUCUAUCGUAGUUGUGAACAGACUUGAACAUACUUGGGAACUAAUUAGGACAAUGAAGAAGACUUCAGAGCUGGGUGGUGAGUGUGUGUGCAGGGUGGUCAUGCAUAUAUACACCAGCGUAAACUGUGCAUCAGUUGACUGGGACUUGCAGUCUAUGCAGACCUUACUACCUUAGUGCUUGUGUGUCUGCGAUGGUAAUGGACCAACGGUGGCAAGGUUGUGUAUGGGAACUUCUUGAUUUAAUUUGGCUUUGUUUUUUCU